UUCAACUCACCAUCCGCAUCAACUAGUGGAAAAAGUAUUCCCUGGACUUCAAAGAGCAAACAUAAUAAAAUCUAGGGCACCUUUGGAAACCCUGGGUACCAAAGACAUGGCCUCUUCAACCCGCGAAGUCCUCCACUUCCCAGCGACCCAAAGCAAACUCAUCGACCCCUACCUGCCAUUCCCCUCCAAGAAUGAAAAGCCGUAUGUCACAUUAACAUUCGCUACAUCCCUCGACUCCAAUCUCUCGCUAGCCCCAGGAGUGCAGACGCAUCUUUCCGGUCCGGAAUCAAAGGCAAUGACCCACUAUCUCCGGUCCCAACAUGAUGCCAUACUGAUUGGCGUUGGAACGGCCGUAGCUGACGACCCCAGCCUGAACUGUCGGAUUGAAGGAGCCGGAGGCUACGGUGGAGAGGGAUUAACUGGGCAGCCUAGGCCAAUCGUUCUGGAUCCCAGAGGGCGAUGGGAGAUCAAUGAGAAGACCAAAUGCAUUGCCCUUGCGAGAGAGAAAAAAGGAAAGGCGCCAUGGCUGGUCAUGUGCCAGCCUUGCAAGAAAGAGGUCAGAGAUUUGUUGGAAAGUGUGGGGGGACAGGUGCUUGUUGUUGAGCCAGUCGUGGAUGAUAAGCCUUCCAGAAUCCCAUGGCAUAAGUUGGUGGAAACCUUGGCGGGAGAAGGGAUUCAGAGCAUCAUGAUCGAGGGCGGAGGCUCAGUGAUUAAUGACCUCUUGUCUCCUCAAUACUUUGGCCUGGUCGACUCCGUCAUAGUGACCAUAGCGCCGACGUGGUUGGGUAAAGGGGGUGUCCAAGUGUGUCCAGAAGAGAGGAUAGAAGGGGAGACGAGAGUACCAGUUGCAAGGCUAAAAGGGGUGAAAUGGGUACCCCUGGGUGAGGAUGUUGUCCUCUGUGGGAGACCGAUCGUGUCUCCAACUUGAUAUGUGGGGAAAUUCCACAACGGAAAAGAGGUAGACGGAAGCACCUUCAGAUAUCCCUUGUACUUUUCACGAUCUCUGGGCCUUCUGGCGACAUAACCGACUCGAACUGAAUGCCCUAGCGGCAAGCUUCCAAAUGUG